AUGAGCGCAAACGGCGAGAGUGACAGCAUCAACUACUGGAUUUACGAGCCAAAUAAGGGCGCGCCCGUGUUCUUCGCCGUGGCCUUUGCAUUUUCGGGGCUCUGGCAGCUAUGGCAAGGCCACUACUACAAAUGCUGGCAUGUGACGUGGCACUACGCCUCGUGCGCGGCCAUAUUUACGGCGGGCUUCAUCACCAGGGAGAUCGGGGCACCACUGUACGAGGCGGCCAACUACCACAUCCUGGGCCGUGUGCUCUUCUACGUUCCGUACCACUCCCCAAUCCACCCGGGCCGCGUGUGGACGACGUUCGCGAUGCUCGCGGCGGUAGUCGAGUCCCUGAGCGGUGUGGGCGCGUCGUACUCGGCCAACGUGUCCCUGCCGGCCUCGAUGCAGGACACGGGCAAGGUUCUCAUGAAGGCGGCGCUGAUCCUGCAGCUGGUCAUCGUCAACACGUUCGUGGUGCUCGCCGUGACGUUCCACCGGCGGUGCCUCAAGGCCGGCAUCCACAACCGCAGCGUCAACGGCCCGAUGCUCACGCUGUACAUCAGCACGGCGCUCAUCGAGGCGCGCACCAUCUACCGCACCGUCGAGUACUUCGGCCUCGCGGGCGUGCGGUUCCACAAGGGCAUGGACCUGGGCGAGUGGCCGCCAGAGUACCGGUACGAGUGGUUCUUCUACGUGUUCGAGGCGAUGCUCAUGCUCGCCAACGCGUUGCUGUGGAACUUCCGCCACUCGAGGAAGUACCUCCCCGCCAACACCAAGGUGUUCCUCAGCGCGGACGACGGCGUGACCGAGAUCGAGGGCCCCGGCUACAAGGACAGCAGGUCGUUCGUCGCGACCCUGCUGGACCCGUUUGACUGGUACGGGCUCGUGACGGGCCGCGACAAGAAGGACCGGUUCUGGGAGGGCGGUGACCGCCAGGGCGGGCGCGAGGUGGCUGUUGCCAAGGGCGAGGCCAAGUCGGCUGGCCACGAGAUUGCCUGA